CCCGCGCAUACAGCCUUUCUUGGGAUGCAUAUUCCGGAGUCGAUCAGGAAGACGUGGUCUUUUGCGGGGUUGAUAUCCAAGGAGCCCCAGAGUGGUCGAUUCGGAAAAGGGGCGACGUUCUGGGCCGGCGUUCCAAGCACUAUAUGGUUUAUUGACCACGAUACGGGUAUUUGCGGGACUGCGAUCUGCCAGAUCCUACCCCCAUUACACCCUGUGAUUGUCCAAUUGCAUGAGGAAUUCCAGAGAGGAGUCUUUGAAAAGGUUCAAGGGACAUCUAAGUAACGGUAGAAUUACCAGUUAUAUUGAAUAGACGCGCUUCUUCCGACACCGCGUAAGCUUGAAUGCCGGGAAUUAGUUCG